AUGAGAGGUGUGAAACGAUUUGGGGUUCGAGGAAAGUUGAGUCCCCGUUACAUUGGGCUGUACGAGGUGUUGGAGCGAGUUGGAGCUGUAGCUUACCGGCUUGCAUUGUCGCUGCAACUCGCAGACGUUCAUAACAUAUUCCAUGUCUCCAACCUUCGCAAGUAUAUCCACAACCCCGAGCACGCGAUGUUAUACGAGCCGCCAGAACUUCAAGAAGAUCUAAGCUACGAAGAGCUUUCGGUGUCGAUUAUCAUACGAGAAGUGCGCAAAUUGCGAAAUCGCGAGAUUCCCUAUGUCAAGAUUCGGUGGAGCAACCACGAUGAUCGCGAAGCCACUUGGGUUUAUGGAAUAAGCGCAUCAUCCUCAUCUGUUUGA